AUGGGAACAAGUCAGUUUGGGACUGAGAUGCAACAAGGAGUCGAAGAUGUAAACUACGUUCAUCAAGGUGGCAACAACAGAAAUUUCAACAAUUACCACCCCAACCAAGGAGGAGGCAAUUACAAUCACUAUGGGAACAAGGUGCAUCCCAACUUGUCAUACGGGAACCCAAAUAAUGCCCUGCAACCACCACCCGGAUUCCAGGUAUCAAAUGGCCAAAUCAUAGAACCGAGGAAGGAUGAGCUGAAAGAUGUGUUAAUGGCCUUUAUGAAGCAAACGGGAAAGUGCAUGAAGGACUCCAACAAACGGCUAGUGCAGGUUGAAGCUAAUGUGAAUGACCUUAAUAUUCACAUGAAGAGCAUCGAUAACCAGAUGAGCCAGAUUUCACAGGCAGUGGGUAUUCAGCAUCAACCGGGCCAAUUUCCGUCACAAACAAUUGUCAAUCCUAAAGACUGUAAGGAUUGCAAAGCCAUUAAUCUUAGGAGUGGAAAGAGCUAUGAUGGCCCAACCUUGCCUGCAGAGAAGGAGAAAAUCUCUCAAGAAGAGGUGGUGGAAGAAGAAGAACCAGUGGAAGAGGUGCCGCCUCCCAAGGCAAGCAUCGUGAUACCUGCACCCCCUGCUGAGGUUAAGAUCCCAUUUCCACAGCGCGUGCAGAAGAAGAAACUAGAUGAUCACUUCUCUAGGUUUCUUGACAUAAUUAGAAAAGUGCACAUCAACAUCCCGUUGGUAGAGGCGUUACAACAAAUGCCUACAUAUGCAAAGUUUCUAAAAGAUGUGCUCUCCAAGAAAAAGAAAUGGACUGACUAUGAGACGGUGAACAUAUCUGAAAAUUGUAGUGCCAUAAUUCAGAAAAAGCUACCGGCCAAGCUUAAAGAUCCUGGGAGUUUCAACAUCUCAUGCGUUAUUGGAAAUGACAGACAGACAAAGGCACUUUGUGAUCUGGGGGCGAGCAUAAAUUUGAUGCCAUUAUCAUUUUUCAGAAAGAUGAAGAUCGGCACUCUCAAGCCGACAACAAUAACACUACAGAUGGCAGAUAGGACCGUCACCUAUCCUAAAGGAAUUGUUGAGGACGUUCUUGUGAGGGUACAUGACUUCAUUUUUCCCGUCGAUUUUGUAGUAUUGGAUAUGGAAGAAGACGUGAAUAUACCGCUUAUCCUGGGGCGCCCAUUCCUUGCAACGGGAAAAGCAUUGAUAGAUGUGGCAAAGGGAGAGCUCACUCUUCAUAUGGGUAACAAACGUCACAUCCUAUCUAUCUACAAUGCUAUGAAGAGUCGUGAGGAAGAAGAACUUGUUAUGAAGAAAGAGUGCAAAGCUGUGCACGUUGUAGAGGUCCAAAAGGCACAAGAAAUUGAGUCCACAUUUGGGGAUUUUUCUUUACCGCAAUGGAUGUUUGGUUCAUGUGGUGGAUCAACUUCUAAAGAAGAGACUACAUCAAAUCCUAAAGUGAAGGUGAAGAAAACAAAAGCUGAAAAUUUAUCCAAAGUGGAAACUGAAAUUUCUGAUGGAGCUCUGAAAAAUACUUGGUGGAAGAAGAGAUUGGCUAUAUCAUAUGCUUCCAAGAUUGACAGAAAAUCCAACGCCACCAUUUAUGGCGUGACAUGA